UCUCGGCUGUAGAGCGCGCAGCUGUUUAUAUAUAACCGGCUAGGUCGCGAAAUUCGAUUUUAUAUUAGAAAUUAUUUGGGAACUAUUCGGAUACGUUUCGGGAAAAUGGAAAUAUGUAAAUCGAACCGAAAGCAAGCCGUGUUUUUUCUUUACUUUUGAGUUUGUGAGUUUUUGUAGUGUGAAAACAAGAUACAUAUGUAUGUAUGUAUGUAUGUAUCUGCGCCUCUUUAGUCAAUAAAUAUUAAUGCACAUUGUGCAGUUGGACGGGCAUGAAUUAGAAAGCAUUAUUUAUUGCAAACAUCUGCAGUGCGAAUCAAAACAAAAUCGGAAGCGCUCCGAGUGAGAAAGAGGAGAGUGAGAAAAGCAGUGAAAACGAAAUAACAGCCGGCUGAUUUGUUGCGGAAAAGGAAUACGAAGAAAGAAGAAGAAAAACGUAAGGAAACGUAACAGCUAAAAAAUAAACCUGGCUAAGUAGCAUGUAGUAUGCCAGGAUCAUAAAAGUGAAUAUAGGAUCAUAAUGAGCAUCCGCACGGAGCAAGAUUACGACAGUGCCACUCCGGCGCUGCAACAGCAAAUGAAUUUGGCCCGAAGAGCCUGCUGGAGGAUCAAAACCUCCAGCUCGGAAUCCCUCUUCAAAACUAUAGUUUCUGCAAUAACAGAUACAGAUACAGAAGCACCACUACCAUCGAAAGAUAAAAACAAAACGAGAAUAGAGCCACAGACAGCGCCCGCAAACCGCAACACAUCCUGCACAUCCUCCAACUGGCGGGGUAUGAUCAGCAAAAGGAUGCUGCUUAUUUGCGCCCUAGUCCUGAUCCUUGAAAUUGCCCAGGCCCGGCCCAACACGAUUGCUGUGGGAGUGGCUUCGGGAAAGGUCAGCCAGGAUAUUGUAGAUGCGGUCACCCAGCUAAAUCUGCGCCGGUCGACGCCCGUCGAUGCGGUGGAUGUGGGCCUGGAUCCAACGCCAUCGGUGAGGCUGUUACGUGCCGAGCCAUUGAAAUCCGGUGACCAGGAUGGCGGCGAAAGCCACAAAAUGGAGCGGUAUCCCCUCUCCAGUGUGGACUUUGCUCGUGUAAAGACGCCGUUCAUCAUCGGAAUCUGGAUCCUUUCGGCCAGUAUAGCUAAAAUCGGCUUCCAUAUGACGCCCAAACUGCAUCUAAUAUUUCCGGAAUCGUGCCUGCUAAUUGUCGUGGGCGUGGUCAUUGGCGUGGUGCUCUAUUUCUGCACCGAUGUUGCCGUCUCCCCGCUGACUCCCAAUACCUUCUUCUUCUACAUGCUGCCGCCGAUUAUCCUGGACGCAGGCUACUUUAUGCCCAAUAGAUUGUUCUUCGACAACCUGGGCACCAUCCUGCUGAUGGCGGUGGUCGGAACCAUCUUCAACAUAGCCACCAUCGGUGGCUCGUUGUACGCCUGCGGAAAGAUGGGAAUUUACGGGGAAAGCGAGACUCCGGGUCUAAUGGACGUGUUUCUAUUUGCCUCACUGAUAUCCGCCGUGGAUCCGGUGGCCGUUUUGGCCGUAUUCGAGGAGAUACAUGUGAACGAGAUCCUGUACAUUGUCGUCUUUGGCGAGUCCUUGCUGAACGAUGCUGUCACGGUUGUGAUGUACCACAUGAUGGAGUCCUACAAUGAGAUAGGCUUGGACAAAAUCAUCGCCCAGGACAUCGCCAGCGGUGUGGGUUCCUUUUUUGUGGUUGCACUGGGUGGCACUGCCAUAGGCAUCAUCUGGGGCUUUCUUACUGGCUUGGUGACCAGAUUCACCGAUCACGUGCGUGUCAUAGAACCCAUUUUCAUAUUUGUGAUGGCGUACUUGGCCUAUCUUAAUGCGGAAAUAUUCCACAUGAGCGGCAUUUUAGCCAUCACUUUCUGUGGUAUCACAAUGAAAAACUAUGUGGAAUCGAAUAUUUCACAAAAGUCGCAUACGACUGUUAAAUAUGCCUUAAAGAUGUUAUCCAGUUCGGCGGAGACCAUUAUAUUUAUGUUCCUAGGCGUGGCCACUGUGAACAACAUGCACGUAUGGAAUACGUGGUUUGUGGUAUUGACCAUUGCCUUCUGUUCAGUUUUUCGUGUAAUUGGUGUCAUUUUGCUAUCGGCCCUUGCAAAUCGCUUCCGUCUGCACAAAUUGUCCCGGGUGGAUCAGUUUGUGAUGUCCUACGGAGGAUUGCGUGGUGCUGUGGCCUUUGCCCUUGUACUGUUAGUGGACGAGAAUGUGGUCAAGCAGAAGAACAUGUUUGUUACCACAACGAUAGCUGUGAUUUACUUUACUGUCUUCCUGCAAGGAAUCACUAUUAAGCCGCUGGUGAAAAUCCUUAAUGUGAAGCGCGCUAAUAAACGCAAGCCAACCAUGAAUGAGCGCAUUCAUGAACGGUUCAUGGAUCACUUGAUGGCUGGAAUUGAGGAUAUAGUGGGCAAAACGGGCAACUACAAUGUGCGUGAUAAGUUCAAGCGUUUUGACAAUCGCUUCAUUCGUCCGCUGCUGAUCAGAGAUCUUAAGGGAGCUGAGCCGAAGAUCAUCGAGACGUACUCUAAACUGACAAUGCGCGAUGCCAUGGAAGUCAUGAGGCGAAAUCCAUCCACUAUUGGCCAGAUGACGGGAACCGAGUCGAUGAGCGCCCUUUUCCGGAAUUAUACCAAUAACUAUAUUGGCGGCAGGUGGGCACCGCCAACAAUAUACACCACCUGUCCCAGUCUAACAAAUCUAGACAAUACCUGUUCACGUAAUCUGGACAUGGCUGAGCUGGAUUAUAAUCCAUCUAAGAAGGAUCUGACCGAUGCCAGGAUCCAUCAUCUUUUGGCCGAAGAACUGAAGCCUUAUAGAAGGGCCUCAAUACAAAUGCACCGUCGUCUUAGUUAUAGCCGACACGCAGUAGAUGACAGAGACUUGUCCACCCAGGUAAAUUACAAGAUGCAAAUGAACUUCAGGCGCAUGUUUAAUGAUCGAAAACAUCACAAACGCAGCAAACGUGGUGCCAGCAACAAGGAGGCCAAGGAGAACGUUAAGCAGAAUCAUGUAUCUUUCCAUGACUUUCAGCAGAACGGCACCACUAAGCAGCUGACCAAUGACUAUAUUAACAAUGUGCUUAAUGAAACAGCCGAAGAGUGCCAACAGAAUCCCAACGAGAUCAAUGUUGUUGGCCUGAGCGACGAUUGGGAUGAUGGCCUGACGUUCACCGCCAAAUCAUCACCUGACUCGGAUCGUGCCAAUAACAAUUCCCUGAUAGCCCACAUCCAAAACCUGCCGGGUUUCGAUGCCUCCAAGGCCCGUAUCGUCGUCCAGCACUAUGCGCCAAGGGCCGACGACAAUCCGGACACAGAUCUAGAGUCCCCGGAACAGGCCAUUGGGCCCACGGCCGCCGAAUUGAUAUUGCCGUGGCGGCGGGAUCGUUCAUACCAGAGCAUUGUGGCCGAACAUCCCAUUCCCGAGGAGGAUCGUAAUCUGUCCCGCGAAUCCGACGGAGAAAGGCGUGUGGCCACGCCCACCGCCACGGAAUCCCAGUUGCCUUGGAAAAGGCAGGGUGACGAAUGCACGGAUGCAGUGCAGCAGAACGAGUUCCCCGCUUGGGCCUCCAACAAGGAGUACUUGGCCUACAAUUCCCCCAGUGCAACAUUCCUAGGUGGUAUAAACAAGCCUAAACAGCCCAAGUCCGUCAUAGGUCUCUUCCGACGUGAGAGUUCCAGUUCGAAGGCCGGGAGCGUUGGCAUCGGAAGCACUGGAGCCAUGGACUCUGCCGCCACUGGCUCCGACACGAUGAUGGUGCCCAUGUCCAGCCAGCCGCCCAACACUCCAUCGUCGUCCAUGCACAAUCCGCGGCUGGACAAGCGCUCCCAGUCGAUUUCGUCCAGUUCUCUGGGCGCCGGAACGCAUCAGAUAGGUCCGGACGGUCAUUCCGGCCCAUUCCCGAUUACGGCCAGUCACCGGCGGAACGUACGCAGGGGCUCCAUGCUUGAGCUAAGCGGACUCAUUGCAACUGGACGAAGGCCCAGUAGAAUUUUACAAUUUAGUACGGGAGCAACUAAUUCACUAGGGUCAGCCAUGAUUACAAGCCCUUCUCCUCCACCUCCUACUACUUCAACAACAACAACUACAAUAAAACCUACAAGCACAUCAACCACCAAGAACAACACCACCAACAAUUCAACAGAUACAACAUCAGCAAGCGCGACAAACUCGACGACAACCUCUCCGAAAUCGGAGGAAAACGCUACAUAUACGUCCCAUACAAAGUAAAGAUCUAAAAUGGCAGCGAACCCAAAAUGUCUUGACCAACCAAACCGACCAUUAACGAAAUUCAAUCCUUAGUGAAAAGAAAGUCAAUUCCCAAAUACCGCGUAUACUGACGUGCAUACGAUAACUCCCGAUUUUAACCACACUGUACUGUGUACUGUACUGUGUACUGUAUAUAGAGCCACAGAUCAGUGCAUAUCAUUGUAGAGUAACUGGUUGUACCCUUGUAGGAUACAUUUUGCCAACGCUCUCUUUUUUGACUUCAACCGAAAUUACAGUACAGGAGACCUUACUUGAAUCGAUUCCGAAAUAUUAAUCUUGCAAUUGGCUUUAAACUUAAUUUCCUGCACUCACUCAACACAGAUAUCUGAACUAGCCCAACAAAUUUCGCCGUUUUACCUACUGUACAUACAUAACUUUGAAAUCAGGUUGUUGUUAAUUGGUGAUGUGAUCGAUUGAUUUAGUGACAGGCAAUAUUUUACUUUGCAUAAAUUAUGCUGGGCUACUGCAGUUGUUGAAUUUUGAUUGAGUUGUACCCAUUCUUUGUAUAACAGUCCUAGUACAGUAAUAAAACAAGUAUGCGACUGUAGUACAACCUAAUUAUUUAUUUUGUUCAUUGAGUUUUGUGGUUGCACUUCGUUUAAUAUAUUUUAUACGAGCCCUGACCACUAUUAAUUCGCACGGCUGGUGUUUUUACGCAUAUGCAAUGUUUAGCACACAAUAUAUGUGAAGAUAAUGCAGAUAACACAUACAAACAUAUAUUUUUCUGAAAGAUAAUUUACUUGUUUACUUGUUUGUGAGUAAUUCCAAUCGGGGAAAAAAAAAUUCAAACUAAAUCCCUAACUAUAACUGGUUAAUGAACAAACUAGAU